GGUUUUCAUUGGCUCUCUUUUCCCUCGAUCCAUCGUUUCAUUAGAUAAACCCUCUACCUCUCUGAGAGCUUCAAGGUAAAACCCAAUAGAAUAGAAAUGGCGAGAGUGGCUUGCAGUAACCUAAUCCCCGCCUUACCUCUUCUUCCAUCGAAAUCACCAUCAUCAUUUCUCUGCACUAAUUCUUCUUUGUUCGCUAAGAGCUCCCAAUUUAUGGGUGCUUUAGGGAUCAACAGGUGGUUUUCCUCUUCUUCGAAGAUAAGUAUGAGCUUGAAAGCCGGCAUCGUUGGUCUCCCUAACGUCGGAAAAUCCACCCUAUUCAACGCUGUUGUUGAGAAUGGAAAAGCUCAGGCAGCUAAUUUCCCUUUCUGUACAAUAGAGCCAAAUGUAGGAACUGUUGCGGUUCCAGAUCCGCGACUCAAUGUGCUCUCUGAUCUUAGCAAGUCUCAGCGAGCAGUCCCAGCUUCCAUAGAAUUUGUGGAUAUUGCUGGACUCGUGAAGGGCGCCAGUCAGGGAGAGGGGCUUGGUAAUAAGUUCUUAUCACAUAUUCGUGAGGUUGAUUCUAUUCUUCAGGUUGUACGCUGUUUUGAAGAUAAUGAUAUCGUUCAUGUGAAUGGCAAAGUCGAUCCUAAGUCUGAUAUUGAUGUAAUCAACCUGGAGCUCAUUUUCUCAGAUUUGGACCAGAUUGAGAAAAGAUUAGAGAAGCUUAGAAAAGGGAAGGCAAAGGAUUCACAAUCUAAACUCAAGGAGGAAGCAGAAAAGUCUGCUUUGGAAAGGAUUCAGGGGGCACUUAUGGAUGGAAAGCCGGCACGAUCUGUAGCAUUAUCUGAUUUUGAAAAUGAUGCCGUAAAGCAUCUCUGCUUGCUUACCAUUAAGCCAGUCAUAUAUGUGGCAAAUGUUUCAGAAUCAGACCUAGCUUCUCCUGAAAAUAACCCACAUGUGAAGGAAGUGAUGAAUCUCGCAUCUCAGUUGCAAUCUGGACUGGUUGCAAUUUCAGCACAGGUUGAGUCAGAGCUAACUGAACUGCCAUCUGAAGAGAGAACAGAAUAUUUGAAAUCACUUGGUGUAAGUGACAGUGGCCUUGGGAACCUUAUUAGGGCAACAUACAACCUUUUGGGGCUACGGACAUACUUUACUUCUGGUGAAAAGGAAACAAAAGCAUGGACCAUAUUAGCAGGAAUGACUGCACCUCAAGCUGCUGGGGUGAUACACUCUGACUUUGAGAAAGGUUUCAUUCGAGCUGAAACGGUGUCCUAUGAUGAUUUUGUUGCUGCUGGUUCAUUAGCAGCAGCAAGGGAAAAAGGACUGUUGAGAUCCGAGGGCAAAGAUUACAUGGUUGAAGAAGGAGAUGUCAUGCUAUUUCGCUUCAACGUUUAACAUAGGUACCAUUGAAGAUGAAUGUAUCUUAUUGCUUUUGUCUAUCCAAUCAAAAUCAUUAUAUAGCAGCCGCAGAAGGCAAUGAAGUAUUUUUUCAUUAAUCUCUGAAAGAAGGGGUCCAAGAAUUCAAUGGACUAAGAUCAUUGUCAGUGGGAUGCUAAUGGAAUGGACUACAUGGUUAAUUACUCUUUUCAUUACCAUGAUCAUAAGAAAACCACAGAUUUUGCUCAUUAACAAUAUGAUUCGUGAAGUAGCCUGAUAUUUGUUUUAGAAAUUGAUUUUUCCACAUAUAGGUUGGAUGUGCCCACCUGCUGGGUUGUCACUUUGUCAUUAGUUUAUAGGUAAUUUUGGGAACAUGUAUAAUACCGAAUAAUAUAUAUUUACUUGAGUUCAUUUGAGUAGAGUUGGAGAGAGACACAUAUUGCUUAUUCAAAAAGAAACAAUACAAGGGGAAGAAUUCUUUAAA